AUGUCAGCCUCCAAUAUCACCUCAACACAUCCAGCUGCCUUCUUGUUGAUGGGGAUUCCAGGCCUGGAGCACCUGCACAUCUGGAUCUCCAUCCCCUUCUGCUCAGUAUAUACACUGGCCCUGCUUGGAAACUCCACCCUUCUUCUCAUCACUCAGGCUGAUGCAGCCCUCCAUGAGUCCAUGUACCACUUUCUGGCCAUGUUGGCAGCCAUCGACCUGGUUCUUUCCUCCUCAACACUCCCCAAAAUGCUUGCCAUAUUCUGGUUCAGGGAUCGGGAGAUCAACUUCUUUGCCUGUCUGGCCCAGAUGUUCUUUCUACACUCCUUCUCCAUCAUGGAGUCAGCAGUGCUGCUGGCCAUGGCCUUUGACCGCUAUGUGGCUAUCUGCAAGCCACUGCACUACACCACGGUCCUGACUGGGUCCCUCAUCACCAAGAUUGGCAUGGCUGCUGUGGUCCAGGCGACACUAAUGACUCCACUCCCCUUCCUGCUGAGACGCUUCUACUACUGCCAAGGCCCAGUGAUUGCCCACUGUUACUGUGAACACAUGGCUGUAGUGAGGCUGGUGUGUGGGGACACCAGCUUCAACAAUAUCUAUGGCAUUGCUGUGGCCAUGUUUAUUGGAGUGUUAGAUCUAUUCUUUACCAUCCUAUCUUAUAUUUUUAUCCUUCAGGCAGUUCUACAACUCUCCUCUCAGGAGGUCUGCUAUAAAGCAUUUGGGACAUGUGUCUCUCACAUAGGUGCCAUCCUAGCCUUCUACACACCUGUGGUCAUCGCUUCAGUCAUGCACCAUGUGGCCUGCUGUGCUGCCUCACACAUCCACAUUCUCUUCGCCAAUUUCUCUCUGCUCUUCCCACCCGUGGUCAAUCCCAUCAUCUAUGGUGUUAAGACCAAGCAGAUCUGUGACAGCUUGGGAGUAUUCCCAAGAAAGGAUAUGUGA